AUGAAGUACGGAGUGGCAGCCUUACACAUCCAGAAUCUCUUCUCUCAAAUCUUACAGGAGCCUGGUGCUCACUCGGAACUCUAUGGCACUGGUAUUCAACACGCAGGGUCAGGAAAAUUUACUGCCCGCGAAAUUUACAUUGGCCCAACAUCCGACAACGAGCUUGAGCGUGAGCUUCUUAGGGACUUGCGUAUCAGCGACCCCCGCGACGACAAGCAACGCAUCGAGCGCACUAAAGGAGGCCUGGUGUUGGACUCUUUCCGCUGGGUCCUCUAUCAUGACGACUUCCGCCGAUGGCAGGACGAUGGGCAGAGUCGUAUGCUUUGGGUCAAGGGCGAUCCAGACAAAGGCAAAACAAUCCUUCUCUGCGGCAUCAUAACCGAGCUGGAGAAGCGGCCUGUAGACACUGUUCUGUCCUAUUUCCUAUGCCAAGCCACAGAUGUGCGUUUGAACAACGCGACCGCCGUCCUGCGCGGCCUCGUAUACCUACUGCUUGACCAACAACCAUCCUUGAUUAAGCGAUUGCGAAAGAAGUACGACCAUGUUGAGGACGUAAACAGCUGGGAUGUCUUGUCAAGAACUCUCCUCUUUAUCUUACAAGACCUAGGCUCACAAACGACCUACCUAGUCAUUGACGCACUUGACGAGUGCGAGACGGGUCUCAGCCAGCUUCUUUACCUCAUUAUUCAGGCCUCCUCUACAACCCAGGCAAAGUGGCUACUUUCCAGCUGUAACAGGCGCGAUAUUGAGCAAGUCAUACGGCCCAGGGAGUCCCAGACUAGGUUGAGUCUAGAGCUGAAGGAAAACGCAGAGCUUGUGUCCCGCGCAGUCAACACAUACAUCUCUCAAUGUAUCUCGCAGCUGGCGGUACUGGAGGGAGACGUUUUGCUAAAGGAUCAAAUCCGAAGCAAAAUACAGCAAAAGGCCGAUGGGACAUUCCUAUAG